AGAUAAACACUUCAGUUGAGCUAUACAAUACCAGGUAAUAAUGAUAAAUCGAUACGAAGAUCAUAUAAUGAUUAUACUUCAUUAAGAGGAUAAAUGCAAACAAGUAACAUCUCGUUCUUGACAGACAUUUCUACCUAGAAAACAGACAGGAUGCUGCAGAGGAAUUGUUUUCAAAUUAUUUUUCUCUUCUACAUCUCAUUGACACUUGGAAAUGGACUUGAAUAUCUGAAGUAUUUUUUGAAAGUAGAAAACUGCCUUCUCAAGGAAGGUAAAACAUUGAUGACACUUGACGUGGAUGACUCCAGCUGUUCGAAGAGGUGUUUUGAAAUUUCUACAUGUAAAUCCUUCGUGAGCAGAGCGAUAAGUCCAAGCUGUAUUUUAUACGAAGAUGACGCAACAGAGAAGGCACUAAUACAAACAACUAAUACAUAUUUUUAUCAGUUGAGAAGAUCUGUGCCGACCAAGUAUACAGACGGAAGAUGUCCUGUGGAUUUCAUUUACAACAGUUAUCUUGCUAGUAACAAUGAUUUGGGUGUCACGUCUGAUAUUAAUUAUAGGCAGUGUUUCUACAAAUGUGAAGCAGAACCAACCUGUCAAUCAUUUGACUACAACUUUAAUACGAAUGUUUGCUACAUGUCAACUUAUAACCAUACUAACGGAGUUUUGCGUUGCAUCAGAAAUGACGUUUACAUUGAAAUAAACAGAAAACUUUGGAAUGACCUUAACCAGCCCCUUACACUGGAGAAGAUUAACUCCGUGGGAUGUGAUAUAAGUGUUUUCGACUCUUAUUAUUUCGUUGACAAAAAAGAAAUUAAUGGCCAGACAGCUUAUUCAACUUUUUCCUUCAAACCAAAUCCAUAUCACAACCUUGUAACCGAGGCCCAAAUGGAUGCCCGAUCGGUCUUGGAUUGUUCACGUUUAUGUAUGGUAUCUUCUACAUGUACCGCCUUUUCAUAUACUAACACUAAGUGCCAACUAAAGAAACUUGUUGACCUUUAAUGGAAUUCACCCAAAAAUUAUUUACUUCUCAAUGAAAUGUGAGCAAGACUUCAACGGAUCAUGUUUGCUAAUAAUAAUUAUAUCAGAUAAAAUGUGUGUUUCUUUAUCAAUAAAAUCAACUUAAUUAUGA